CAUCAAUAAAUUGAGGGUGCAGCACCUGUGCAUGCGCACCAAACAAAUAAAUUACUCGAGCAGCGACGAGACGACAAAAUAGCUGCUCACACUGCCAUACGGUACGUGUUUUAUGGUCCUACAACAUAGAGAAAGUAACGGUACAGGGAGCACGGCCUUCCCACCCGAUGUCCGACCGCUAACUGACUGAUGGGCGAAGCUUAACCUCUGAUAAUAAGAAAGCGGGACAGCAAUACUCGCCGCUGCCGCGUGCGAGCGGGACGCGAGAAGUAUCUUCUUCGGUGAUCGUGAAGUGCAAGAUGAGUACACAGUCACACAGUCACAUACGGACCACAUCCGAGUGAGGCCCGGCUUCGGUUUUUAAAAAACGAAACGCGCGAUCCGCGGUGCGCGUACGCACGGACGCGCGGACGAAUUCGGAUUUGCGAAUUUAUGAAAAACUUUUUUAAAUUAUGACGUUUUGAACUGUACAUAGUGGAUUGAUUGUGCAUAUUUUUGUGUCGUUUUUUCAAGUGUAAAUAUGAGAUACGAGAAGUAGCUGUUUAGUGGAGGACUUUUUACUUUUUUUGCAAAAAUUAAGGAAGUAAAGACAUCAGCUGUGUCAAGAAACAGGUGUCAACUGUCAAGAUGAAUCAACAGUGCAAAGUCUGUGGAGAACCAGCGGCUGGAUUCCAUUUUGGCGCGUUCACCUGUGAGGGUUGCAAGUCGUUCUUCGGGCGGACGUACAACAACUUGUCUUCGAUUUCGGAGUGCAAGAACAACGGAGAAUGUGUGAUCAACAAGAAGAACAGGACGGCUUGCAAAGCUUGCAGGUUACGGAAAUGUCUCCUAGUCGGCAUGUCAAAGUCUGGCUCACGAUACGGAAGACGGUCCAACUGGUUCAAAAUCCACUGCUUGCUUCAAGAGCAACAACAACAGCAUAAUAUGCACAUAAACUCAAGUAAAUCUCCACCCACUUUCAAUCCUUCACUGAACCCGUCGUACUUACCGACGAACCUUCUCCCAGCCGCGGCUUUAGCAGAAUAUUAUAAAAACUCGGAAAAGAGUCCGUUCACGGAAGACGUGACGCGGCAGAGCGUAUCACCUUCUGACUCAGGAGCUUCAUCAGCAGAUCCUGAGGACGACAACAGUUCCAGAAGUACUAGUGGACUCAGUAUCUUCCGACCAGCGUCGUCUCCGUGCAGUGACAAGGAUGUACGGUUACAAGCUUUAAAAAACCAUAAUAAAGAUAGAAGACGGAAACCUACUUUGCCCCCAUCGCCAUUUGGAACUGUUUCUGCUCCACCAAGUUUCUCGCCUAGAAGUGCUCCGUACUUACCUGUUCAACUACAAUCUUUGAGAGCAGCACCUCCAGGACUAGCAACUUGGCAGAACAGAAACGGUGGAGACUUGCUCCUGCACUCACCAGCCGUAGCCGGAGUGGCGAUAGACCAAGACCAGCCGAUAGACCUUUCCAUAAAAUCCACGGCAGUUAUUUUUCGAAGUCCUAAGAACGACGAAGUUAGUGAUUCCGAGCCAGAAUUGUCAAUUGAUUUGAGUGAGGAAAACAGUAAAGAAGUUAUGAAGAAUCCUUUAGACCUGUCUCUUGUCCCGAAAAGAUCAGAAGAGGUACCAAUGACUGGUUGAAUUUUUAGUAUUUUUUGUACAAUUUGGUACGUCGCGUUUUACUAUUUAUGUGUACAUAGUUAUUGUAGUGUUCUUGUCAAUACUCUUUCACGCCAUACAGUAUUUAGCUGGUUGCAUUCCUUUCUUCUUGAUUACCUGACCUUAUUUACCAUAAUUAGCGUUAGUGUAGAAUAAAUUCAAGUCAUGGACUUCUAGACUUAAGUAGUGAAGCAAAAUACGAUAGACGACAUUGUUAUUGUAUAUGGUAGAUAGGAGUUGAUCAAUGUUACUGAACGUGUUAUAGAUAUAGCCUAGAUAAAGGGAAACUAGAAACUUCUUGAAAAUUCUAGAUUUUUCCUCAAAAGUACCUUCUAAUACUAUUGUUCAAGGAGGCUGAUAAAUUAACUGUAAACAACUAAGAUAUAACAGCCCUAGUCUUGAGUUUGAUAACAUAUUUUGGGUCUAAUACAAUAUUUUGUUGAGCUCAAGAUUAAAGCUUUGAUUCCUGAGUUAUUUGUUUUGUCAAAAGGCUAUGUCUAGGCACAUUCCACUAUUAGCAAGUGCCAGUGUAUGUUUUACCAUUUAUAUAAUGUUUUAUGGGAUUAAAGGCCAGUAAAAAUGAAGCUCAAAAUUAUAAUGUACAAAUUAAGAGUCUUUGUAAAAAAUAAUUCGUUGUAUGUACUUAUUAAUUUAAGUAUUUAUUUCUUUAGUUUUUAGGCCAGUUUGUAUUGAGUCACUUUUUUUUAAUUUUUGACGUAAUUUUCUAAGAUAUUAGUUUUUAAUUUUAGCGUACUUAUUUUUUUUUUAUUUUCAUAAUUAUGCUUGUGUUAUUAUUUUUUGUUGUUUUGUUAAAGAUGUUUUUUUAAGGAAAUAGACAUUCCAAUGCUCAUUUCAUUCCAUUACUUUGUUAGAAUUAGUGUAUUUCUGGUGCCAGUAUUUUUCUAGAUUUUUUUUACGAUUUGUGCUUUAAUUGUAUGGAAUAAACGUGUCAUUUUAGAAUAAUUAUAUAUUUGUCUACAAUUUAUUAAAACAAACUGUAAUACGUAUAAUUUUUUACAAGGAAAUAUUGAGAAAAUAUUAAAUAAAUAAAGCAUUUAAUUAAAAAAUGGUGCCAUGACAAUAACGAGCAUAAUAAUUUAAGUCGUGAAAAUGUCACAAUAUUUGUAAAUAAAUAUUUUUUAUAGAAAAUGUUGAAAUGACUUUGGCCAAAAUAGGUACAAAUUAGAAUGAAUUGUUCAGUAUAAUACAAUACAAGCAACAGGCUUACUUAUUAUUACAUUUAUUUCUAAAAAUAUAUUAAAAAUGAAUUACCGAAUUAUUUGACAAAUUUUAUUGAGCAAAACCUGACAUGAUUAUAAAUAAAAAAAUUGAGUUUUUUUUACAUGUCGCUGGUCGCAUGGUCUCAAUUCGAAUAUUGGGUCGGGCAAAGUAAAAAUUAUGGGUUUUUUCCUCAUUUAUAUAUAAAAUUUGAAAUUGUAUCAGAUAUAUUGCAGUUUCCUAAUUACAUGAAAAUAAUAAACCUAACUGGCGAAAAGUGAUUGGAAAGAAGGCGUGAUACUGUGUUCUAUGUUUUUUCUUUAUAUUAUUUUCCAAUGUAAAGAAAAUAUCUUAUUAUCAUUAAAUAAUGAGUAAGCCUGUAGUACUGAGUUAUGAGUAUCAAUUUUGGGACGUAAAUUGUUGUUAUCAGUGUGAUACGAUAUUUUAAUGUACUAGUUUACAUUUUUUUUACGUUUUAAGUAAAUUUUUAAUAUAUUUGAAAGAAAAAAAUAAUAAAAAGCGAGUGCCUUUA